AUGUGGCGUGAUCCGAACGUAGUGGGGGUCGCCUUCCAGAAAAAACGAAAAAAAUCGAAAGGCGUUCAGAACUUUUCGAGAAGUCGAACCGUCAACACAUGUGGCGCUUGGCCAUGGAUCGUUGCAUUAGGUUUUCGUAAUCCCCGAAACCCAGACAAACCACUAUGGAAGUGCGGAGGUUCCCUGAUAUCGGCUAGGCAUGUUUUGACCGCAGCACAUUGUGCACAUAUGGAUGGAAUAGAAAACAUACACAAUCAUAAUAUUGCCAUUCUUAGAUUGGUGGAGGAGGUGCCAUUUUCGAGGUACGUAUAUCCCAUUUGUACGAAAGAGCUCCUGCGAAAGAGCAACUUCGUCGGCUAUAACCCCCUUGUUGCUGGAUGGGGAGCAUUAAGAUAUAGACGACCACGACGUAAUGCAUUAAUGGAAGUACAAAUGCCAGUGAUUAAGAACGCCGAAUGCAAAAUAGCUUAUUCCAAAUUUCCUAAUGCACCUGAUGUCACUGAUGGUAUAAUAUGCGCCGAACGUGCUCAGGGUGGAAAGGAUUCUUGUACGGCUGACCGCGGCGGACCACUGCUGAUACAACAUGAAUUAACCUCGUAUUUAAUAGAUUAUAGAUUCCUAUACGACUCUCAGUAAAAAUUUAUCCGCACUCCAGAUAGUUAAAACUUCUGUCGACCGUAUUGAUCCAUCUGCACUCUUCGUAUGACGUCAAUAUCUGUUCAGUGCUGCUGCGCAGGUUUCUUUGUGUUACGUCAAUUCGUUUGUGACCGUUGCGCGAGUAAUGGCGCUUUGCAAUGGUGAUUUGCAGGAAAACAGUGCAGAAUGCUGUGAUUCGUUUCUUGUGGUCGGAGGUUAUGUUUGAUGCCUAUAUUUAUCAAAGAUUUAAUGCACAUUAUGGAGAAAGUGUUUUGUCACGAAGUGUGUUUGAAUGGGCACAAAAGUUCAAAGAAGAUCGCACAAGUGUUAUGAAAAAACAGGUGGACGCUCGUCCACAUCCACGAUGACAACAUUGAACGUGCUCAUGAACUUAUGCUCUAUGGAAUAGACGAGUGACACUGGAUAAUGUGGCAAAUCAUUUGCAAAUCAGCCACGGCUCUGCUUAUGCAAUAGUGCACGACAGAUUUGGGUUUUAAAAAGUUUGUGCGAGAUGGAUGCCGAAAAAGCUGAUGAAAAGGUGAAGACGACGAUGCAUUCGUGGUUCGCAGCUCAGCCCAAAACAUUUUUUAAUGAGAAAAUACGAAGGUCCUUCGGCAAAUGGACAAAGUGUAUACAGAAAUUGAGUGAUUAUGUCAAAAAAUGAUGUAUGUCUUUUUUGACAAUUGCUUAAAACAAAUUCUACACCGACAGAGCGGGCUGUUAAUCUAGAGGCUGGAGUACAAAGAAGUGGCACAAUGAUGUGGGCUGAUGACAUUUAUAAUUAUCAAGGAA